AGGGAACCAAUAAAAAAAAAAAAUUUAAGGAAAUGUUUUCGACCAGUGGAGCAGAGCGAGUUCCAGCCACUAAUGUUGUUAGUGUAGCGGUGGUGGUAGAAAAGAGAAAGAACCAGAACCGGGUUUGAAUGGAGGUGUUGCAGUUGGUGGGUCCCGAUUUACCCGUUCGCUAUUCUCUCUCCAAAUCGAAACCCACGGUUUGGUGUCCUCCAACUGAUUUAGUGUUGUUCCGGCGGCGGAGGUCCGGUGGCGGCGUGCGGUGGUGGUGUACGAGGGCGUGCGCGGUGGAGGUGUCUGGGGGAGGGAAGAUGGUGAUGGAGCUUGUGGGUGCUUUCAAUGAUUUGACGGAGAGGAUGAACGUGUUGUCCACUAGCUCUUCUCGUCUUCUUUUCAAAUGCCUCAAACUCUCCAUCCCCAUAUUGCAAAGUUCCCCUCUUUCCCCCGAUGGCCGUUCCCCUCUUUCCAAAGCCUUAUCCAUCGCCAUACUCCUCGCUGAUCUCCAGAUGGAUGCGGAAGUUAUUUCUGCUGGAAUAUUGAGGCAGGUAUUGGAGGUUGGAGUGUUGAGCAUACAUGAAAUUCGGAACCAGAUAGGUGCUGCCACUGCUCAUUUGCUACAUGAGAGUUUGCGUGUGAAGAACAUUCCAUCCAGAAUAGAUGUUUUGGAUGAUGAUAAUGCUGCUGCUUUCAGAAAGUACUGUCUCACUUACUAUGACAUCAGGGCUUUGAUUCUAGACUUGGCUUUGAAGCUUGACAUGAUGAGACAUCUUGAUUAUCUUCCAAGAUAUCAGCAGCAGAUGAUUUCUUUGGAAGUUAUGAAGAUACAUGCCCCUCUUGCUCAUGCUGUGGGAACUACCUACUUAUCAUUGGAAUUGGAAGAUCUAUCGUUCCAAUAUUUGUUUCCUUACUCUUAUCUUUAUGUUGAUACUUGGUUGCGAAGUCAUGAGACAGGAGGCAUAUCUCUUAUUGACCUGUACAAGGAAGAACUGCUUCAGACACUGAAGGCUGAUCCCAUGCUCGCUGAACUGUUGGAUGAUGUCUCAAUCAAAGGUCGCUAUAAAAGCCGUUAUAGCACGAUGAAGAAGCUCUUGAAAGAUGGUCGGAAGCCAGAGGAUGUAAAUGAUGUGCUUGGGCUAAGAGUGAUAUUAAAUCCUAAGCCUGGGGAGAAUUCAUUGGAAGCUGGAGAGAGAGCAUGCUAUAGGACUCAUCAGAUCAUCAAAUCUAUGUGGAAAGAAAUCCCUUAUAGGACAAAGGAUUAUGUUGCCAAGCCUAAAGCAAAUGGAUACAAAAGUUUGCAUAUGGCAGUAGAUGUGAGUGAAAAUGGAAAGACGAGACCACUGAUGGAAAUACAGAUAAGAACAACUGAAAUGGACAGGUUAGCUGUUGGUGGAACAGCAGCUCAUUCAUUAUACAAGGCUGGCCUUACUGAUCCAGAGGAGGCAAAGCGUUUGAAGACCAUCAUGCUGGCUGCAGCUGAACUGGCUGCUCUGCGCCUUAAAGAUUUUCCAAGCACAAAUCAUAAGGGAAUUGAGAUUGACCAGAGGGAUAGAGUGUUUCGCCUUCUUGACAAGAAUGGGGAUGGUAAAAUUAGCAUUGAAGAACUAACAGAGGUGAUGGAAGAGCUUGGUGCACCGGGAGAAGAUGCUCGAGACAUGAUGCAACUCCUAGACUCAAACAGUGAUGGCUCCCUCAGCUCUGAUGAAUUCCAUAUGUUCCAAAAACAGGUUGAAUUGGUGCGUAAUUUAGAGGUCCGAGAUGAUCAAUACAAGAAAAUUUUGGAUGAGAAGCUUCAUAUGGCAGAUGACAGUGGUUUAAUUCAGGUAUAUAAUAAAGAGUUUGGCAACAGGCUUGCAAGCUAGUGUUGCAUCUAAUUGAAACAAAUAACGAGCAAAACACCCAAUUUACUCCACCUAUGGUAAGAUCUUUAAGACAUUAAGCAAGAGCCAAAUGUAAGUGAUGUAUUUUCCAUGUAAAUUAAUUAAUGGCAUAGUGAAAUUCCAGUGAUUAAGAAACUUUCUUCCUGACCUGUUAUUUAUACUUCAAUGUUAUUUUAAAAUCCGAAAGAGAAGAGAGAAAAAAAAAAAAAAUCCGUUGUC